AUGAAAGCCGUUCUCGCUUGCUGGGCUGUGCAAGCACCGAGGAAGAUGGAACCAGACACCGGGUUCAACCAGGAAGCCUUCACGAAGAUGUGCAAUGACGAGUCCGACAUCGGUUGCUAUUGCAACGAUGUCGAACUGCAGCUUAUCCUCAACAAGCUGGUCGCUGCACCGAAGAAGAAGGAGACAAAGAAGAGGAAGCAGCCAGAGGCAGAUUCACCAGAAAAGCGCCAGAAGGUCGAGAUCGCAUUUCAAUGA